AUGGCUGAAUUGAGUCAAAUACCCACGUAUGGAUCCAGAGUAAACUUCGGAGCUCUAGAACCUGCCAUCGUCAUCUUAACUGUGGCAUGCAAAUUAGCAGUCUCGUUCCCAUGCAACGAGAUCGAGAAGCCCAAGGCCGCUUGCCGUGUCGUCGUUAGGAGUCCCAGAGGCUAUCUUUUUAAGCUGGCAUAUGCCAAGCAGAACUCGAAUAACAAGGGCGAUUAUUACUGCGAAUUGGAGCCCAAAAAAGAUGUCCAGUUUUGUUGCAAGCCUGGUGUGAUCGAGGGUUUUCCCCCAACCGCAUAUCCCAAUUUCGUCGACGCCGGCUGCACACACAUCACGAAUUAG